GGCAGCACUGGUCACGGCACACGUGAGGCAGUCACAAGUAAUGACAGAUACUGAAUGUUCCAAAAAAUUUCAUCAACACCGUCGUAUUUCGAGAUGAAAAGAACAUCGCCUUUCCCGAUCGUUUGCAACUUCUUAUCGUUACGAAAAAAAAACGCAUACCGUUAUCGUGGAACAUAAAUGUGGCUCGAAUAAAUCGUUCGAUAAGUUGGACCCUGUUCAACAAGUGUCCCACGCGCGAUCCCCGCAUAUUUCCGAAUCCGCAACUGACGCAAGUACACUCUUAUAUAUAUUCGUGCGAGGUUCAUUCGUCAUUCAUUCCUCAAUCAUUGCGCAAACUCUCACCGUGGUUUGUCAAAUUAAUAGAUCUCAUCCGGGGAGAUCUGAGCGCUACCUUACACAACGGUCAUCAGUUCGUGUCAGUCUCGUGAUAACGUUGCACACCGAUAAGUAGGACGUCAUAAAUCGGACCGAACAUCAGCCAACUGAUCGUGUAGCGAAAUGGGUGUCGACUCCAAAUGCACGAUUUUAGUGACCGGUUUCGGUCCGUUUGAUGUACAUGCGGUGAACGCUAGUUGGGAAGCGGUGAAGGAAUUGGAAAAACUCUGGGCGAAUGCCGUAGAAUUCUCCGACGUUAAACUGAUCACCGAAGAGAUCCCGGUUUCUUACAAUUACGUGUCCACUCAUAUCCCUCAGCUUUGGAAGAAACACAAUCCUAUGAUCGUUCUACACGUCGGUGUAUCGCACAAAGCUGAAUGUUUGACAAUAGAGUGUCGAGCUUACAAUAAUGGCUAUCAGAGGUUCGACAUACACACCAAGUGUCCCGAUGAAAUGGGUAUGGAGUGCAAGGUCUUGGAAACUGGGAUAGACACCAAUGAGCUUUGCGAUAAUGUGAAUAAAAAUUGCGUCAAAAGCGGUUGUAAAGCCUGUGUCUCAUGCGAUGCCGGCAGAUACUUAUGUGAAUAUACGUUUUAUCAAUCCCUUUCGAUUGAUUCAACAAAGGUCCUGUUUGUGCACGUGCCGGAUCUCAACAAAUAUACAAGCACGCAAACCGCUAAAGGCUUGUAUGAUAUUCUAUGCCAUUUAAUAAAUAAUUCAAAGUAUAGUUGAACUUGAGGAUUGCGAAGAAAUAGAAGACAUUACGUCGCCAGAAAAACAGAGUGAAGCAGAAUCUUCGGAUGACUCGGAAAUAC